AUGAGUGCUUCCAAAGACUCGAAGCUAUAUAACGAGCAGGAGCUCCGCCUAAAGCGCUUGUACGGAAGGAUACCAAGCAAAAGAGACCUUCUCGAUCAUCAAUUAGAGGGAAGGAAGUAUUUCGAUUCCGGCGACUUUUCUCUCUCCCAGGCAAGCAAGCCUUCGGAUGCUGGCGCAGUUAAGACAGGGGGCGAGCACCCCCUGCGGGAGGGCAUAUCUCACCCGGUCUCUGCUGUCCCGAGCUCGAGCAAUGUCAAUUACAUUGGUCCGCAGCAAGAGAAGGCCCACUUGAAAGCUGGCGUGGUAACACAUGGCAGCCAACUCCGAGAGAUUGCCGGUCAGGCUCCUGGCGAACCUGGCGAGGCGAACAAGUGA